CAGUCUCUCGUCACUGUCUCCCUCACCUUCAAGCUCUCUCAGUCUCACCCGUCUUCGCGGCCUGUGUCGUCACCGUCUCGCACUCAGUCUCUGCCUUCGGUGCGCUCGCUUCGCCGGCGGCAGAAGCAGACCGAACCAGCAUCUGAUCCCUCGGGUGGUGGUGGUCGUCGUCUUUUUAUUCGGCCGUCAGUUCAGUUGGUUAGCUUCCUUUACCGUCAAUUGGUCCCUGGGCAGUUGGGAGAAAUGGCUGAAACAUCAACAGCAUCAAAAAGAAGCAUGGGCACAGACAUUAUCAGCAGCCUACCAAACUCGUUGUUGUGCCACAUCCUCUCAUUCCUCCCAACCUUAUAUGCGGUGCGCACCAGCAUCUUGUCUCGACAAUGGCGCCAUCUCUGGAAGGAUCUCCAAGUCUUUGAUUUUGAUGAUACCGAACACAAUUGGAGCAAUGAGAGAUUCGCGUCGUUUAUCGAUGCAGUUCUAUCCCAGCUCAGGUUUCCCCACAUCCGAAAUCUCAGCCUCUCAUGUCAGAGAGGCUUAGAUGACGACAAAGUGAUUGACGAUGCCAUUGACAAUGCCAUUGGAAGGUGGAUACGUGCUGCUGCGGGGCCCUGCCUUCAAGAAAUGAUUCUCUAUUUUAAUUACGAGGAAUUCUAUCCGGACUAUGUUGAUGGAAUAUUCACAUGUGCUUCGCUUGUGUCCCUCACCCUGGGGGGUGAUCUUGAUCUCAAUGAUAUACCUUGGGUUUAUUUGCCUCUACUCAAGGAUUUAACACUCUUGCUAGGAGUCUCUGUUGAACACGACUUCAUAUCUGGCUGCCCUGCUCUUGAAAAUCUUUACAUCGAUUAUUAUGGAAGCCUUUACCCUAAGAUACACUUUCUCUCCCCCUCUUUGAAGAGGCUAAGCUUAUUCGAGGUAAGAGAGUUUGAUGAUCCCAUAAUCAGUGAGAUUCAAAUGGACACCCCGAAUCUUGAAUACCUCCGUAUAUUCCUUACGGGAUCAUGUGUAACGACUUUGGUUAUCAGUGAUUUUCCCAAGAUAAGGGAAGCUUGUUUGGAGAUUGCUCCCUUGGAUGAGCAUGUUGCUUGGCUACCCAAACUUCUCCAGGCACUCUCCAAGACAAAGAUUUUGGAUUUUGGAUGGUGGACCACCGAGUGCUUGGUUGAAGCUCCGAAUUUACACUUACCAGAAUUUAGCUGCGUACAUGAACUGAGCCUUUGUUAUUCAAAUUUCAAUUCUGGAGUCCUAAUAAAACUGCUUUGCUGCUGCCCUAAGCUUCAACUACUCGAAAUUGAUAUCAAUGGGGUACAAUAUUUUCGUGACCAAACUCCCCAGAGCAGUUGGACACAGCCAGCCAGUGUACCUAGUUGUGUUAUGUCACACUUGAACAUUUUUGAAUUUACAAGCUACUCAGACUCAUCAGAGGAGCGCGAAUUUUUGGCAUAUAUCUUGCAAAAUGCACUUGUUUUAAAGAGACUCAUAAUUUACGCUAAAAUUGGUUCAUUUGAAAAGGAGGAGCAUAUCCUUAGCGAAAUAUCUGUCUUACCGAGGGGCUCUAGCAUAUGCCAAGUUGAAGCACGUAUCUUAACUAGGAGAUGAUUCCUAUUCCUACAGCAUGGAAGUGUGAACUUGGAAGGGUGGAUUAUGUGAAGUACAAGAAGACUCGGCAUUGUGCUUUUGUCGUAUGCAACUUUUAAUUUAAGCAACAUAAACGUUUGUUGAUGUUAUUUUUAAACCCUUUUCUCCUUUUUGAAAGCAUUUUCCUUUUUGAAAGUAGCAGUUUAAACACUCUAUUAUGUUCUGAUCCAUCUUAAAUUUGGGAUUUGAUUU